AUGGCGGACACGAAGGCCGGGCGAAAACGUAAGCACGAGCCAUCCGGCGCCAGGAAGCGCCGCCGUGGAAGAGCUAGCGUCGACGGAGCACGUGAGAAGACGGCGACGAGUCUUGGAGGCGUUGCGGCGUUUAAGGACAUGUGGGCGGCGCUGACGAAAGCUGGCUGGACAUCAAAGAAACCGACAGCUAAGUCUCUCGAUACGCACUUCAAGUAUAUCCUACCUGGACGGCGACACGAUGCGGAUGACAUCGACGGUAUUAAGACUAGUGGCGAUGUUGAUGUGGGCGUCGAUGAAGCUGCCAGCCUGGAAACAGUAGCUGGGCAUGGCACGCGAGGAGGUCGACGGAAGGGGGAGGGGGUCGGCAGGUUCCAAGCACGUGUACUGGAAGAGAUAAGACUUGAUCUCGACUCGCUACUGGCUGCAAUCAAGUUGCAGGCCGCGAGGUUUGCGAUGAUGUCGACACCGGUGGCGCUGCCGGUCAUACUGACGUCGCUGGUCGUGUACCACGAGGACGCGGGGCAGGAGGAAGACCUGGAGGCCGUACAGCUCGGCGAGUGGACCAGGACAAUAUCGUCGAGCAAAGUCGACAAACGGAUAUGGCGCAAGAAACUCCUCCUCUCUGAACACGUCCUUGGUAGAGGUGUGGAAGGAACCGUUGUCCAGGACCAGGACAAUCUCGUCGGGCGGCGUCGACAAACGGAUAUGGCGCAAGAAACACCGGAUGAACUUCUUCUUGAGGGUGAUGAUGUGCACGUCGAGAGCGCGUCGUACGGCUUCACGGCUGACUCGUACAUCAAAUUUCUGUUCGACAAGCUCAGCCAUAUGAACGAGAGUUAUCUCUGGUGUGCUGCCGAGCUCGUCGAGCAGAUACUCGACAUGGGCUUCGACAACUUUCUUGGUUGA